UUCUUCUCCUUCCAACUUGACUUUUCCUGGCCCACGUCCUGUCCAUCUUUUUGAACUCUCGACCAUGAUUGAAACUGCAUUAACGAAACUUUUGAGUAUCCGCGUGCCUGUUGUCCAAGGGGGUAUGCAAUGGGUUGGCCUUCCUGCAUUGGCUGCAGCGGUGUCGAAUGCGGGUGGCCUGGGUGUCUUGACGGCCCUUACACAACCCUCACCUACCGCGCUUCGUGAGGCCAUCCGUCAAACGCGCAAAUUGACGUCAAAGCCCUUCGGAGUCAACAUCACCCUCCUCCCGAGCAUCAAUCCGCCGGACUAUGAGGGGUACGCACGGAGCGCAGUGGAGGAGGGCGUCAGGAUCUUCGAAACUGCGGGGAACAACCCGGGCCCGUUGAUUAAGUACUUCAAAUCUCAAGGAUGCAUCGUAAUCCACAAAUGCACUACAAUUCGCCAUGCCAAGUCUGCUGCAAAACUCGGUGUUGAUGUUUUGAGCAUCGAUGGCUUCGAAUGUGCCGGACAUCCUGGCGAGGAAGACAUCGGAGGAUUGACUUUGCUUGCACGCGCCGCGCAGGAGCUCGAUAUACCUUACAUUGCUUCCGGAGGCAUUGCUGAUAGCCGCGGAUUUGUGGCUGCCUUAGCCCUUGGAGCUUCGGGCGUCAACAUGGGCACGCGAUUUAUGUGCACCGUUGAGAGCCCGAUCCAUCAGAACAUCAAGGAGAAGAUAGUUCAGUCCACCGAGCAAGACACUGUACACAUCUUCCGUACUCUGAGGAACACUGCUCGGGUGUUCAAGAACAAAGUUUCCCAGGAAGUCGUGGCGUUGGAGCGGCGGCCUGGCGGUGCGAAAUUCGAGGACCUUAGGGAGUUGGUCUCUGGUGCAAGGGGGCGGGUGGUAUACGAAAAUGGUGACCCCGACUAUGGGAUCUGGAGCGCCGGCGUAACGGUGGGGUUGAUCAAGGACAUACCAACGUGCGAGGAGUUGGUUUCCACUAUCGAGAGAGAGGCCGAGGCGAUUAUUGACGGAUUGGGGAAAUUGAAGGUCCCAGUGAAAGCCAAGCUAUGAUUUCAUGUAAAAUACAAUGGAGCCCCUCCUGAAGGAAACUGAGCUCUAUUUUUCCUCGGUG